GUGAUCCUGCUGACGACUGAGCUUCGAGCGAGUCAGUGCCUUUGGGGGAGUUUCGGCGGAGGUCUGAGCAGCCUCGUAGUGGGAUCUGCAAAAACAGUGUUACGGCAAUUACGAUGUCUACAACUCUGGCGUUGGUUUCCAUCGCGUUGGGCAUCGUUCUUACCAUUUUCUUUAGUUUCCUCUGCUGCAGGCUUCGCUUCAUCAAAAUCCUAAGCUACUUUCUGGAGAUAUUCAUCCGCAUCAAAGGCUGUCUCAGAUCCUGUUGCGAGAGAACCGAGGACGGGGAAGUGAAGUUUCUGAAAAGCUUAAGAAAUGUGUAUCACAGAGCCCCAGAUAACGAGAUGACCAUCGUGCAUCUCUCAGGCAAGGUCAGAGGCGGCGUCGGAGAGGAGGUCCUCCUAACGAACGGAACGCGAGCCAAGCGCCUACCUCUUGCAUGCCCAUCAUCCAGCAACGAAGCAAACCCAGAACCAAACAAGGAGAUAAAAAGGGAGGAAGACGAAGACAAAGAGAAGGACAAAGAGGAGGAGGAGGAGAAGGAGAAGGAAGAGAAGGAGGAGAAGAAGAAGGAUGAGGAUGAGGAAGAAGCUGGAGAACGGAGUCAAGUCCCUUCCAACCGCGUGAGGAGAGAGGACUUGGAGGCGUAUCUCAAUUACAUGGUCAGGAGAGGAGAUCUGGAGGCCGAGUUCAGGAAAAUCCCAGUGUCGUUCAAGAAGUCGAUGAACAUCUUCAGUGCACCGCUAAAUCGAGCGAAAAAUAGGUACAGAAAUAACAUCCCUUAUGACGACACCCGCGUGGUUCUGCAAAGCAAGGAAGAGGGUGACUACAUUAAUGCCAGUUUCGUGCAGGGCUGCCACGACCCCCGAGCGUACAUAGCCACACAGGGACCCAAGGAUUAUAAGGACAACACCAUCGAGGAUUUCUGGAGGAUGGUUUGGGAGCAACAUUGCAACACCGUCGUCAUGCUUGCAAGACUCAUCGAGGGGGGGAAGGUGAAAGUAGCUCAAUAUUGGCCCGACGACAAGAAAACUCAGGUGACCUACGGCGACUUCAGCAUCUCAAUCGUCGGAGAGGAAAAGGAACUUGACUACUUUAUCAGGAAGUUCACGCUGAAACACGCCGGCGAGAGUAGGGAGGUCACCCAGUACCAGUUCAUCGCCUGGCCUGACCACGACGUCCCGCAGGCGCCUUUCACCUUCUCGCUUAUGACGUUGGAGAUUCGAAGGAGGGAGAUCACAGGCCCGCUCCUGGUGCACUGCAGCGCCGGCAUAGGCAGGACCGGCACGUUAUUACUGGUGCUGGUUCUCCUCGAUCAACUGGACAGCGAAGGAUACAUAGACGCCCCUGCAUCUGUCGCUCUGCUGAGACAGGGAAGGCCGAUGCUCGUUGAGAAUCAGAUGCAGUAUCGCUUCGCUCAUCAGCUUCUGCUCGAGAUUCUGUACAGUGACGUCACGAAUUACCCGGUGUCCGAUUUCGUCAACUUGUUGCCUGAUCUCGAUAAAGAGAUUAAAGCACAGUACAAGAAACUGAAAGGGACAGAGAGGAACCUGUCGUUCAAGUGGGCGUCGAAACCCGCCCACGCUAGACUCAACCGCAACCUGGAUCUUCUUCCUGUGGACGGCCGCCAAGUGCUGCUGCAGAUGGUGAACGGCCAGGCGGAGUCCCAGUACAUCAACGCCGUGCGACUGAACGGCGUGACUCAGCGCGAUGCCACGGUGGUGAUGGAGCACCCGCUGCCGGAGACGCUCGCUCAGGCCUGGAGGAUGAUCUACGAGAAGAAGGUGUCGGCCUGGGUCCUCCUCAACGCCUACGGGGAGGACGAGGUCGAGGAUUUCCCGCCCGUCAUACCCGAGGGAGAGAUGGACCUCGGCUUCAUAACACUCACACUCGACGGAUCUCAAAGCAAGGACUUCUGCCUCGUGUCGCAGGUCACCCUCGCGCCCGUCAGAUCGCGGUACGCCGUGGCGCACUCCGUGCAGGUGCUGCAGCUGUUCGGGUGGCGCCGCGGGGCGGAACUCCCCGACUGCCCCGAGCACCUCCUGGCUCUGCUGAAGGACGUCCACGAGAUCCGGAGGAAGGCCCCGACCAGCCCCGUCGUCUUCAGCUGCGGGGACGGAUGCACUGCGAGCGGGUUGGCAGCCGCGUUGGACGUCAUCCUCACGCGGAUCGACCUCCUGCGCGAUGUGGAUGUCUACAGGGCCGUGCAGGCGCUCCUCUACGAGCGGCCGCAGUUCAUCGCCUCCUUCGAACAGUACAAAUUCCUCUUCAAGGCCACGGCUGAAAUGAUCAAAAUGAAACCAAAGGAGAAGGAAGAGGAAGAGGAGGAAACAUUGAUAAAAGUGUAAAUGGGACAUAACGACAAGCUAACGUAGAUGUAAUUGAUAUAGACUUCCAUUAUGGUAAUGAUAAGACUGACGUCACAGAUUUUUUUUUUCUUUUUUUUUUCCUUCCUUUCCGUCCUAUUUUCUUUUCUCUUUCUUUCUUUUGAGAUUUA